AGAUGAGUACCAAUCAGUAGAGUACGAGUAGUUCCAGGGACCGGGUCAAAAUAUUUUCGUGUGUGAGAUUCGUCGGUUCAUAAUUGAAUAUAUUCCGUAGUGCUUUCCGAUCUAUUUAACUAAAACAUUGUGUGAGAGAUUUUUCGCAGUGAACAGCGUUAGUCUUAACUGGGAAGCGUGGUAAUUUCAUCACAAAUUGAUGCGUUGUGAAGUGCUUUCAAAAUUAAUCAACUUGAGUGCGAGUAUAUUACAGACCAGUGUUUUUGCAGUAUGAAAUUCAUUCCUCCACCUGCCACCUCCCUUCGGAGUCCACUAUGCAUUCCAGAAAAGAUAAUGAUGGGUCCGGGACCUUCAAACUGCUCCAAACGAGUACUAGCCGCUCUACAUAAUACAUCACUUAGCAAUUUCCACGAUGAACUUUUCCAUGUUCUGGACGAAGUAAAAGACGGACUACGGUAUGUUUUCCAAACGGAAAAUCGUGCCACAAUGUGCGUAAGUGGAUCAGGACACGCGGCGAUGGAAGCUUUGUUGUCUAAUUUGCUGGAAGAAAGGGAUUUAGUGCUGAUUGCAGUCAAUGGUAUUUGGGCUGAGAGGGCCGUCGAGAUGGCUACUCGUUAUGGAGCGGAUGUGCGGAUUUUGAAGGGUUCUGAAGAUAAACCAUUUCUGUUGGAGGAUAUGAAAAAAGCCAUAGAACUACACAGACCAAAAUGUUUCUUUGUGGUACAUGGCGAUUCAUCAAGCGGAUUGUUGCAGCCAUUGGAAGGUUUAGGACAAAUCUGUCAUCAAUAUAACUGUUUGCUGUUGGUGGAUGCAGUGGCAAGUUUGUGUGGAGUACCAUUCUAUAUGGAUGCAUGGGAGAUCGACGGUGCUUAUACGGGGUCACAAAAAGUUCUGGGAGCACCACCCGGUAUAACACCAAUAUCGAUCAGUCCGCGAGCCUUGGAAGUCAUUCAAUCGAGAAAGACAAAAUCAAAAGUUUUCUACUGGGACCUACUGUUGCUUGGUAAUUAUUGGGGAUGCUAUGAUGAACCAAGAGCCUACCAUCACACCGUUGCUUCAAAUCUGAUCUAUGCGCUUCGAGAAGCACUGGCCCAAAUCGUUGAAGAAGGAUUGGAAAACGUGAUCAAACGGCGAAUGGAGUGUGCUCAACACUUCUAUCGUGGUCUGUCUGACAUGGGUCUAGAAGUUUUUAUCAAAGAUCCUAAACAUCGAUUGUCGACGGUUACGGGUGUUAUGAUUCCUAAAGGCGUGGUUUGGUGGAAGGUUUCGGAAUAUGCAAUGACGAAUUACUCUCUUGAGGUUCAAGCUGGUUUCGGGCCAACACGGGAGAAAGCAUGGCGUGUCGGUAUAAUGGGAGAAUGUUCGACGAUACAGAAAAUCAACUACUAUCUCUACGCACUUAAAGAAUCACUAAAAGCAACACAUCCUGAGCUUGUUUUUGACGAGCGAAACGGUUAUCACUAAACGAAGUCGAAACAAUUUUUUGUUGUCAUAACAAUGAUAAUUUGGAAGCGUUCUGUUCCAAAACUUUUUGGUAGAUCCGGAGCCGAAAGUUCCAUAAUACCCCCAGCAGCGCAUACACCCGAUUUGCAAUAUAACCAAAAAUGUUAACUUGAUUUACUACAGAUGAUUUAAAUAUUUAAA